GGACCUGGCGAGGUGUUUAAAUACUGGAGGAGCCGCUCUGGCCCACUCAGGGUUUGUGUGCAGUUCUGGAAGAAAGUAAGAAAGAGAAAGCCACGCCAGAAAACCAAGGAAGGCGGAAGCGGGGAAGCGGGAGGCUCUCUCGUUUGUGUGGCUGCAUCCCCAGGCGUGAUGGUGGGAGCCUGUGAGCAGGGGGCCUUGUCAACCUCAUCCCUCCUUGACUGACAUCUUUGACUGUGCCUGGACUUCUAGAGGGGGUGCUGUCUUCCGCCCACCCACAGCAACAACCUGUCUGAAACACUUAAAAAAAAAGACUGCGACCCCACAGAAUCGUCUCUGGGAGGCUACAGAAACCAUUACUGAAACAUCCCCACCCAAAAGUUAUCUGUGAGGUGUGUUUUGCAGACAGAGACGGCUGAAAACUUGAAGACAUAUUUAGGAACAGGCACACACAUACACUGUUUUCUUGUGCAAGAUCUCUUUUGAGCAAAGGAGAAGCGCUACCAAGCAGCCUCUGUGCUCACUGAACACCCUCCCCUGUAUCGCUUAAUUGAGAAGGCAUACAAAUGCUCUCAGUUCAGCCAGACACCAAGCCGAAAGGUUGUGCUGGCUGCAACCGCAAAAUCAAGGAUCGGUACCUCCUAAAGGCGCUGGACAAAUACUGGCAUGAGGACUGCCUGAAGUGUGCCUGCUGUGACUGUCGUUUGGGAGAGGUGGGCUCCACCCUGUACACUAAAGCCAACCUUAUCCUCUGUCGCCGAGACUACCUGAGGCUGUUUGGUGUAACGGGAAACUGCGCUGCCUGUAGCAAGCUCAUCCCUGCCUUUGAGAUGGUGAUGCGUGCCAAGGAUAAUGUGUACCACCUGGACUGCUUUGCCUGUCAGCUUUGCAACCAGAGAUUUUGUGUCGGAGACAAAUUUUUCUUGAAGAAUAACAUGAUUCUCUGCCAGACGGACUAUGAGGAAGGCCUAAUGAAAGAAGGUUACGCACCGCAGGUCCGCUGAUCCGUCGGCAUCACCCCCGACAGCACAAAGCACUACAUCCUUUAUCUUUUUUGCUCACACAUGUAUAUAAGAAUUGACACAGGAACCUACUAAAUAGGGUAGUGAUAGGACAGCAGGAUGGCCAUGUGGAAGAAAAGGCGGACCGCAUCUGUACGUAGUGAGAUUGCCCCCGUUCAAGAGUUGAAUGUUCAUUAUUAAAGACAGAAAAGUAAUGUAUAUAUUCCUGGAUUUUUUUGCUUGCUAUUCAUUUUUUGUGUCACUUGGCAUGAGAUGUUUAUUUUGGACUAUUGUAUAUAAUGUAUUGUAAUAUCUGAAGCACAAAUGUAAUACAGUUUUAUUGUGUUACCAUUUGUGUUUUUGUUUGCUUCUUUGUAUUGUUGCAUUUAGUACAAUCAGUGUUUAAACUUACUGUAUAUUUAUGCUUUCUGUGUCUACCAGCUAUUUUCAAUGAGCUGUACCUUUCUAGUAAGAAUUGGAGAGCAAACCUCACUGAUGACACACAGAUAAAGCAAGACUAUCAACAUUCGAAGUAAAAAUAAACACACGCAAGGCAGUUAGCGACAUCCACUUCUUAUGGCUACUACAUUUUGGUGUAUUCAUGUUCUCAAGAUGCCCCCUAUUUUCAGGGGACUGAAGAUCAGCUUUAAAAACAAUUGAUACAGAGUUCAUUUUGAAGCACUUUCAUUUUAUACCAACGUGAAAAGUGCCAUUUUUCAAAUGACUUUAAGGCUUAGUGAUGUCCUUUUAAUAUUCUUUAUUGUGUUCCUUACCUUCGCUAUAGAUUUAUUCUACUUCUCUCUCUUUUUGUUUCCAUCACACACCCUUAUGUGAACUAGUGCCUUUGGGUAGCAUGUAAAAAAUUUUUCCAAAGGGUUACUCUAAAUGGAAAAGGUGUUACUACAAUUAUGACACAAUUUUUCAAACUUUAAAUCUCUUGUAUAAAUGUUGUCCAGGUUUCUCCCUAGGAGACGGGGCUUAACGUCUUUGUGGUUAAUGAAUUGACAGCACUGAACAGAAUUUGAGUGUAACUUAGGACGAUGCAUAUUGAGACUGUGAUGGCAUUUGAGUCGGAUAGUGAUCUGUCAACAGCUAUGUAAUUAUAGGUACAGAAUCUUAUAGAAGAGAGGCAAAGGGUUGAUAAAAAGUUGAGAACUGUUGGGCGAUUAUGUAUUGUUUUGCCUGCCAUUUACAUGUUCAGGACACUUUGAUUUGGUUUGUAACACUGUCUCAGGCCUCAUGUUCUUUGCCACCUUCCCACUCAGAUUAUGUAACAUUUGGGCUGAAAUCUAUCAUUUCAUUUUUUUCUUUUUACGGUGAAAUGUUUUCCCCUUAUUUAAAUGAUAGCUAAUGAAGAAGAAUGUUCUAGAAACUGUGGGAAAUGAUUAAAUUGCAAUUAAGGAAAUAAAAUGAAGAAUAUGGUUCCCUC